ACCAUCAGGGAAAACAGUCCACCUUUUUCCUAAAGUCUUCACCGAUUUUGAUGGUGUUCUCUCUCUAGAAUCUUGGGUCUUUUACUGAGGGAGAGGGAAGUUUCUGAUCUGGGUUUUCAGUGUACAGGAGGAGGCUUUGCUUGGUUUGACUUCUUGAAAGGCACAAUCUCAGCGAUGAGGCUUUCAAGCUUCUGCUUUGUCUUCUUUCUGGUUGGGGCAGCUUUGACUUUCCUGGGUCUGUCAUCCACCGAUGGAGUAAAUUUUGCUGGCACUGGUAUUUCGGCCACCCGAGCGACAAGCCGGAAGCUGAAGGAAGAUGGGCAUAAUCCUAGGACUUACGGGAACGGGAACACUGGGAAAGCAAAUCUGGAGGAUUACGGACCAAUCGAUCCGGCUCCAAACUCAAAGGGGUCGAUAAGGCCUCGACCAAUCGACCACGGCACUCCUCUUAUACCAUUCAUACCAAAGCCUUCACCUCCUAGUCCAAUCAAGGUUGGCGAGUGAGUUGUAUCAGCCGAAGAAAGAGCUGUAGCUCUGUGCUGGGUUUGUGUAUAUGUUAGGGACAUACGGAGGAAUCUAGCGUGUGUUAUCUAAAACAUAUCGUCCUGUGUAAUUUUCACUAGGUAGUUUAAAUAUUAUGACCAUUAUGUUGGCACGAGUAUAUUUUCAUACCCUUUGAUGUAAAUAAUGAUCUCCAAUA